ACUCACAUUAAUUUGGUCAAAAUGAAGUGUGAAUGAGAGAGAGAGAGGUCUUGAAUAAAAGUUCCAUCAUUCAUAAGAUGCUCUAUACUCACUAGUUUAUUCUUUGAAUUCCCUUCCCUUCCCUUGGUGUUCAACUUUCCAUCAAUCGAUCUGACACCCAACAAAACAAUAAUCAUAUUCACAACAUCUUCAACACAACACAUUCCCAACACACCCUUUGCCUUUUCUUCCAAUCUUUGAUUCAAGAUAUUACUUUCUUCAUCUGGGGUUCAAAUUCAAUCAAGAUCACUUCUUGAUUAUGCCUUCAUAAAUCUUCAAACCAAACCUAUUCAUUGAUUGAUUCCACUUCAAAUCAGUUUUCUUAUUCAAGUUUUAAGAGAUAGUUCCUUCAAUUAAUGGGUUGCUUUUCUUGUUUCGAUUCAAAGGAAGAUGGAAAAUCUAAGCCUCAAAAGACUAGGGCUGAUCACAAUGAAGUUCACCCAUCUGCCCCUUCAAAUAUCUCAAGAUUACCUUCUGGUUUGGAUAGACAGAAAUCUAGAAAUAAUGUUAGUUUGAGGAAAGAAUCGUCGGGUUCGAAAGACGGGUCGCAGGGUCAGAUUGCUGCUCAUACAUUCACUUUCCGGGAGCUUGCAGCUGCAACAAACAAUUUUAGCCCUGAUUGUUUGCUAGGAGAAGGAGGGUUUGGCCAUGUGUAUAGAGGACGGCUUCCGGGCAGCGGUCAGAUUGUAGCUGUCAAACAAUUGGAUAGGAACGGGCUGCAGGGUAACCGUGAAUUUCUCGUAGAAGUUCUUAUGCUCAGCCUUUUACAUCAUCCCAAUUUGGUGAAUUUAAUCGGAUACUGUGCUGAUGGUGACCAAAGACUUCUUGUUUAUGAAUUCAUGCCAUUGGGAUCGUUAGAAGAUCAUCUUCAUGAUCUCCCACCAGAAAAAGAAGCGUUAGAUUGGAACACAAGAAUGAAGAUAGCGGCUGGUGCAGCUCGAGGUUUGGAAUUUCUUCACGAUAAGGCUAAUCCUCCUGUUAUUUACAGGGAUUUCAAAUCAUCAAACAUUUUGCUCGGUGAGGGAUUUCAACCAAAGCUUUCUGAUUUCGGGCUAGCGAAGUUGGGCCCGACGGGAGAUAAGUCUCAUGUAUCCACACGGGUCAUGGGAACGUAUGGUUACUGUGCUCCUGAGUAUGCGAUGACCGGUCAACUCACUGUUAAGUCUGAUGUGUAUAGCUUUGGGGUGGUUUUCUUAGAGCUUAUUACAGGCCGAAAAGCCAUUGACAGCAGUGCACCGCAAGGACAGCAGAAUCUCGUCACUUGGGCACGACCCUUAUUCAACGACAGAAGGAAAUUUGCAACAUUGGCAGACCCCAGGCUUGAAGGACAUUAUCCCAUGAGGGGUCUGUACCAGGCUCUAGCGGUUGCAUCGAUGUGCAUCCAAGAACAGGCUGCGGCUCGACCGCUUAUAGGAGACGUGGUCACUGCCUUAUCUUAUCUUGCGAACCACACCUAUGAUCCCAAUGCGGCCUCUGGUCAAAGCAACCGGUACAACAACGGUGAGAGAACCAGUAGAAUUUCAAAGAAUGAAGAAGGUGGUGGGUCGGGUCGUAGCAGGUGGGGGGAUCUAGAAGGUUCCGACAAAGGAGAUUCGCCUCGAGAAACUCAAACUCCAAGGAUGCUGAAUCGAGAUCUUGAUCGAGAACGGGCUGUUGCUGAGGCUAAAAUGUGGGUAGAAAAAAGACGACAAAGUGCACAAGGCAGCUUUGAUGGGAAUGCUAACGGUUAAGAGACGAGUGUUGGUGCGUUACUGUGGUGUUUUGAACUUUUGACCACCACGAUUUGAUUUUUUUCUUUUGUUUUCCCUGUACCCGAUUCAGGAGAAAAAAUUCGGAUAAACAGGCGGGUGUUUAUGUAUACCAAAUAUGAGGUGAAUGGGAAAACUUAUUAUGGUUUAUGGGUUAUUUUGUUGUUGUACACCGAGGAGUCGUAGCGUUUAAGAUGAUGGUUUAUGGGUAAUCCUGUAAGAGAUUUGGGUCAAGUGUUUAACUCGCCACAAGUUGCGACUUACUUUUUAAGUCAGUUAUUCCAUUGUUGUUGGUGAUCAUGAUUGGAACAUUCUAUGUACUUGAAUAUCAUGAUAUUAAUUGAAAGACCACUUGCAAGUGUGGUGGUCGCGUUGAGAACUA